AUUCAACCGGUAGUUUGUGCGCAGAUAUUCUCAUUUUUGUUAUUUUGAUAUUCUCAUUUUUGUUAUUGUCAACAGAGGUAAAAUAAUAAUUGAGUAAACGUGAUUUAAAUACAGCGAGACUGUCCGUAUGAAGGUCUAUUGCGUCUAUUAGUGUGUUCCAUAUUCUGGAAGUUCUAACGAGGAAGCAUUUCUGGUAGCUGGUUGUUUUACAUCUGGGGAUGACAUACUUGAUUGUGUUGCUUGAAUUUGAGCGAGUGGUUCUGUGAGAAUUCUGAAUAACUGGAGAGGCGCUUGUUUUCACUAAACCAUGUGCAAUCUCAAAGAAUAGAAUCAAAUCAAGGUAUUCGUGCCAGUAGCAUAUUGGGAGGAGAUGCAACGACUGCAGUCUUGAUAUGUAGUCUAUAUCCGAGGAGAACGGUACAUUUAGAAUAUAUUUGGUGGCACGUCGUUGGGUUCGUUCAAGAUGGUUGAUAAGUUCUAUUGAUUGUGGUUCUAUGGAUAGAUACACAGUGAGACAUCUGGUAUGAUCUGUAUAAUCUAUGUUAAAUUUAAAGGCAAAGAAUGUCGACAUGACAAAAUUUGUUAUACUGCAUUCAUUAUCAAACUGAUCAAUCCAAAGUGUUGUAUUUCAACAGAACAGACUAUUAAAUGGACCUUUCCCCUUAUAACUAAAAUUUCGAUCUAGACAAAAAUUUCAUCACAGCUUGAAAGAGCAUCACAAAAUUAGUAAUAUUAAUCCAAAGUUUUGUUGCAAAAUCUUGUAAAAUGCGGAUAAUUGCUGCCGAGCCUCUGCUCGGCAGCACACUAUUCUUAACGUUACAUGACGUUCUUGCUUUUUCGUGUCCAGUCCCCGCGGCCGAGUUAUGUAUAGUCGAAUAGCGAUUUUCACUCGGUGGAGAUUUCGGCAUUCCAGGGGGCUCAUUAAGUAUUCAAGUUGGUUUGUAAAAUGAGGGGGUUGUUUAACAAAAUUUUCUUCAAUGAUGCGAGCAGGUUACUCAAAUAUGUGUCUUUUAAGGUUUCACCCGAAAUUUUCAGUACAUAAAGUAGUAAUAUCUGUAUGUUUAGUUCAUAUACUUAGUGUUUAUUUAUCGAUGUGAUGAACCGGUUUAAUAAAGUUGCGAAUAUCGAGGGUAACAGCCAACCUCGUUCCCAGGCUCUUUGCUCUUGGGAAGCACACUUUUGCACUUGCUUCCCAAGAGCAAAGAGCCUGGGAACGAGGUUGGGUAACAGCCUGGGUUCAUGCUACCAGCUACCUACUUAUGGCUACCUACUACAAAUCGCUGGCUACUAUAUAUGAAAGAGUUUAAGAAUUUAUAAACUAUUGUUUGUUCAAAGUCGAGUAAUGUAUUGUCAUUAUAAUUUUAUUUUGACAAUUAGUCAUAUGUCCACAAUGGCACAAUAUGUCUUACAGUAUUAAAAUUCGCGCAGUACUGGAAUUCGCGCAGCGCUGGGUGAGCAAAUUUUAGCACUGCGCGAAAUAUAAUCAUAGAUAUCUUAUAUAUAAUCCGCGCGAAAAACGUUGUGGUAGUGAAGAUAAAGCGUGCGUUUAAAAUAACAAGAACUAAAACACUUAUUGCAUGGUUCUCAUUUGCCUAAUAUUAAUACAAUAAUAGUACGACGCGAAUUUUAACAAGUAAGGUAUGGUAUCAUAUUUCAUAUAUAAACGAACAAUGUAAACUAGCCAUACAUUUCGCCGAACAUAACUUCGGCCCCUUUGGACAUAUCUUUUUCGUUAUAGUCUCAUUCGAACCAGAAUCCAAAACACUAUUCACAGUGUUAUUUUCAAGCUUGUGUCUUCAGAUUUUCAUCUUUUAUUUCGGUAUUUACAGAAUAUUUAUAUUUUUAGCGCGGCCCGUGCGACGUUCCUACAUCAAAACAGCUGUUUACAUCCUAGGGGUUUGGAAAAACCGGAAAUCGAUUCUACAGGUCAAAGUACUCCCAGUGGCAUGGUUUGCACGUGCAUCGGGCUAUAUACGCAUACACACGUAAAAAUCUCACAGACUCACAACUUGUUAACAAGAUGUGUUCGCAACAGGCUUGUAGCAAGCUUGCAUGUCAACAGUUGUUGUUGAAUUACAGGACGAUAACAAGUUGUUGGAUCAACUUGUAACAAGUCUGUUGAGUUCAACAACCUUGUAGCAAGUUGCCAACAAGCCGUUGACAACUUGUCAACAAGCUGGGAACAAGCAGUGCGAACACAUCCUGUUGACAAGUUGUUGGAACAGCAUUGCUACAAGUCUGCUGCAGGUUUGUUACAACUUGUGCGUUUUUACGUGUGUACACGCAAGCAUACACGUGGCGCGCGCGUGCGAGUAAAAACCCUAUAUUUUGAAAAAUUCAAAAUAAAUAUUUCUACUCGCCUUAUUCAAACGAAACUUCUUACACGAAAGCGCUUUAAUACAAGGAGUAUUAAUUAAAUAGCUCGUCAUAUUUUUUUGGAAACCCUGUAGAUCGGUAGGGUAGGAGGUUGGCAGGUAGUAAAGUACAACAAUUUCAGCCUCAGGGCGUGUAUCAUCAGGUGGUAUAUACAAUCACGGCUUUAGCCUGAUAAUUUUUGGCCUCCAUGCACUGGGUAAUGGGGUAACAGCAAUAUUUAUAACAGUAUUUUUCUGAUAUACAGUACACACUUUAUAAUAUGAACAUAGUCAUAGAUAAUUCCAUAAACCACGGAAUAAAUAACGGCAUAAACCAUGGCAUAAACACUGAUAUCACACUCAGUCUGAUAUGCAUAUGCAGUCAUAUAUAGUCAUAUGUCUCAUAUGUACCCACCACAGAUAUAUUGUUAACACUUUAUAUAGUCUUAGAGUUUGAUUCAGUAUUAUAUUUCACAAAGUACUUCAUUACAGUAAAGUAAGUAAAGCUAAUGUCACAAUUAAAGCUAUUUAUCAAAUUUAUCAUGAGGACUGCAUUCUCUAAAUGUCCUAAAUGUCAAACAUAUUCAGUAUUCGUAUUUGUAACAUACACGCACAGACGAGUCUUUCACUUAUCUUUGAGUAGGCUAUUGUCGGAUUAUUUUACCGUAGGUCUGACAACAGGGAGGUAUACUUCGACAUAUUUCUGGAGCAUCAAGAUCUGAGGAUGGUUCUGCAGUUUCAGCAGUCCGAGUAGCAUUGUUUACAAAGCAACAUAGUUUGCGAUAUUUCAGAAAUCAAAAGAUCUCUAUAUAUUUCGUUACACAUCUCAGUAUUAAAUAAAUCCUUUAGGAUAGACAUCAACAGCUAAAUAACAGCCACGUCGGUCGGUACUGGUGUAGAAAUAUAUUUUCUUGUAACGUUUGCGACGUGUUGAUUUCUUCGACGAGCUGUAUCGGCAUAAUUUGUCUAUUGAAAUCUGAUCUAUUUUUGCUCACCGACAUUCUGCCACAAUGAAAUUUGAUAUUUACUGUUGUGUAACAUUGAUAGUCUUCAUGACAAAUAAAAUAUACAAUUUUGUAAAUAUUUCCUGCAUGAUUUCUGGGUUAUUUCUUCGCUCACUCCUUGCUCAAUGACAAAACGUACUUAGGUACCCACCCUGAUUGAAAUUGUUUGUUAUCUCCCAGAUUCUGGGAGACACGUGACCAGCCGAUAGCAGGGUCUUUCCCAACCGGUGGAAAGUCCCUGCGACGGAGGUUGCAUAAACGACUGCACAAACGCCGUUUGAGCUCGCGUCUCCGAAUCCAUGCAAGGUGAUCUCUUGAAUUGGUUGAUGGUAUGAGGCUAAGGACCGAGGGAUUGUAUAGGACUCGAGCGCUUCGUUCCAUUCCUUCCAUUUCUUUUGUAGUGGCCCUGGUAGGUCUGCGUCCCAUGGAAUUUUACUGUCACACGCACUCCGAUAAACAAGUUUUCCGGUCAGUGUGGUUGGUGAAGCCAAGCCCAGGGGGUCGUAGAUUCGUGCCAAUUUUGACAAGAUGCUUCUCUUAGUUACAGGUUCAGCGUCUGUGGUGAGGGUCACGCUAAUAGUAUCGUGCUUCCUAUCCCAGGGCACACCAAGUAGUUUCCCAUCGGGCUGUUCGAUCCCUGCCAGUUGACUUUUGGCAUAUGUUAGUUCACUUAUCUCUGAUGACGAUUGAUUCUUUGGCUCGAGUUCAGGUACGUUUGAGUGCCACUUGUGUAUUGUGAAAGUGGCAUCGUUGAAAACUUCGAUAGUUUUCUCCUUCUGGGUCUGGAUUUCUGCGACUGUGGUACCCCCCGUAAUCAAAUCAUCAACAUACAGUCCUUCGCGUAAUUGCUUCACUAUCUCGGGAUAGCGCUCUUCCCAAGCAUCCAGAUGGUGUUUAAGGACUCCCCCGAGAAGGAAUGGGGAGCAAGUCAGCCCAAACAGGGCUCGAGUAAACCGGUAGAUUUGUAUUGCAUCGUUCCCAGUCUCUUUCCAGUGAAAUCGCAAUGAAUCUCGAUCUUCGGCCUUUAUUCUGAUUUGCAAAAAGGCCUGUUUCAAAUCGCCUGUUAACAGAAUGGGGUGAAAUCUAGAUCUAACAAGGACGUCCCAUAACAGGUUCUGGAGAGGGGGGCCUGGGUGGAGGCAAUCAUUGAGGGAUGGUUGGGAUCCGCUCUCUUUCGCAGACGCAUCAUACACCACUCUCAACUUAGUGGUCUCAGCUUGCUUCCUUUCUAUGCCUUUGUGGGGAAUAUAAAAUUCUUUUGCUGUUUUAGUGGUAGGUGCCAGCUCAAUUACUCCCUGAUUUAACUGUUGUUGUAUAAUGUCAUUAUACUGUUUGUACUGUCCGUUCCGUUCAAGUUUCUUAAGCAACUGCUCUAGGCGACGCUUGCUACUGUUCUCAUAAGUUGGCAGUGGGGGGUGAUUCCCUUUCCAUGUUAAUGAUGUCUCAUACCAGCCCGCUUGAUCUCUACUAAGCUGCUCUUCAAAUUCCUCAUACACAGUUUUCUGAUCAUUUUCAUUUCUGUCCGGAAGUCCGAGGACAUCUAAUGCACAUAACUGCUCAUAAUCUAUAGUAGUGGAUUGAGUUAACAGGAUGGGACCCUCCUCCUUCCCUGGAGACAUCACCGUCCAACCAAGGAGGGUUUUCUCUGCCACCGGCUGCCCCGGCUUCCCCACCUUUUGAGCCGUAGUGGUUUUAAUUUUGGCAUAAUCACUAGCCCCAAGCACAAGGUGUACAGGUAUUUGUGUACGGGUGUCAGGAUCUUCGAAUUUUGCACCGUUCAAAUGUUUGUAUCUCUCUAACAGGCGGGCAUAAUUUGGGUUGUUGAGUUUCAUUAGCUCAGGUUUAUCAACUUUUGACAUUUCAAUUUCAAGCUCAAAUUUCUGAUCUAGGGAUUUUAUGCUGGCUGCAUAAAUUUCUACUCUGGUGGUGGUGGAUCCUAACAUCAUUUCAAUUCGUUUUGUUUUGACAGCUUUAGGUUUUCUCUUCAAUGCAUUGGUUAGACUACUGGAAGCAUAGGAGCUUCCUGCUCCAGUAUCGAGCAGUGCGUGUGUCUUAAUCCCGUCUACUUCAACCUUCACCACUGGAUAAAUAACUUCACUAUCCCCCCCGGUAUGAGCUGUUUUUGCUAUCUCAUGCUCGUCUGCUUUGGGUGCAUCACAAAUUGACGUAUGAUGACGUUUAUUGCAAAAUCGACACUUCGAGACACUCUUACACUCAGCUGCCCUAUGAGAGGGCCCUGUGCAGUUAAAGCACAGAUGUUUUGUAGCUAGAAACUUUUUCCUGUCCUCGAAUGUCAAAAUUGUGUCACACUCAGCAGAUCUAUGACUCUCAGAACUACAAUAUACACACUUUCGAGAACUUUUACUUAUCUGAUACAACUUCUGUUGCGUUGAGAACUGAUAACCGCCUUGUCGCCGAUCUUGUUUCUUCCUCCCAUCAUCUGGUUUCUGUGCUUCGACUGGAUUCCUUCGAGUCCAAUGUUGUAAUGCUUCGGUUAGUUGAAUAUAGUCCCAUUUCUCCCAGUCUGAGUCGUUCCGUACUAAAUCACCCCGUAUGUUUGGCAAUUUGUCCAAUGUCAUGGCAACAGUUCCAUUCACAGCUUCCAAGUUUUUCAAUGUCUCAAGCGACUGUACACAAUAUGAUAACUUCUCAUAAAAUUCAUGUAUCCUUUUAGGAUUUGAUGACGGGGUAUAAGGAAGAUCGAGUAUUUCCUUCACAUAUGCUUUGACGACCUCACUAUCUUUGCCAAAUCUGUCUUUCAAAAUGGCUAAGGCCCUAUUAUACCCUUCGGCAGUAAAUGGCAAAGCUUCAAUUGCUUUCUUCGCUUUCUCGCAUAAUAAUUCUCUAAGAUAAGAAAAUUUAGUAACAGGAAGCGUACUUGAUUUAUCGAUUGUUUCAGAAUAUUGUCCCCAAAAUCGAGGCCAAUCAGCAUAUGUUCCAUCAAAUUUUGUGAUUGUAAGCUUGGGUAACCUGGCUUGGAUGUUUCCACUUGCGCUUGAAGAUAUCUCACUCGAUGGUGCUUCCACUUUCUUGUGUUCUGCUUUCAAUUUAAUUUUUGCUUCUUCAAGUUUAAGCUCGAAAUUCAUACGCUCUUGUCGUUGUUGAUCUUCACGUUUGACUUGUGUAUCGUUUAACCACUGUUCGAGAAGCCCUAUUGUUUGGUCUGCUUCUUCCAUAUGCUUUUCUAUUUCGUUGCUCCAUUGAUCGAUCUCGCUCACUUCUUCCUUCGAUGUAAUUUUCUCGGCUUCGACAGUUCUAUGCCAUUUGCUCACUUCUGUUAGCGAUUCUUUUAAAGUUUCGAUAUGUCUUCGAAUAACAUGUUCCUUACCUCCUUUUAAAACGUUAUCCGACUUAUCUCUUGCUCUCCCAAGUUGAAUUAGUUUUGUUUUUAGUGUAAUCUCCGCGGUUUCUCCCGUAUUUUCGCCUGUCGCCAUGUCGCUUUUAUACAAACACUUUGUUUACGACUUUUACACACGCUAAAACAUCACAAAAUCACAAAUAUCCCGUUCGUUGAGGUGCCACGUGUCCUGAAUUCUCGCCUCCCUGAGAAGUAUCCAGGGCAAAUCACGAUAACAAAAUAAUAAUAACUUUAUAAUAACUUUAUAAUAAUAAUAAAAUACAAAUCUCUCUCACUGAUUUCUCACUGUUUCUCUCUCGCUGGUUAGUCUCGCAUGCUUGUUAAUCACGUGACCCAUCACAAAAUAUGUCAAUGUUCGUCUUGGCUUCGUAAAGCUCCGUAAUGAGCCCAGUUCGCUACAGAGGUUCAAGAGCAUAGACGUUGACGGGGAUACCGUCCGGCAGUGCUAUUUCAAUAAAUUCACCAGGCCAAAUAGUGGUAGAGGUUGAAGGAGCUCUGAGAACAACAGCACAUCGUACAGCUGGUGACUUGGUUUCAUUUGAUCCAUAUAUGUAGGAAGUGUCACAAAUGAGAACUGUGUGUCAAGCAGGUCUGACGGAUAUGUCAUUAGCUUCCAUGAAUGGAGUACCAGCAAGGAUCUCAACAUCCAGAUUUUCCACAACCAAUCCCUCAAAGCACAGCUCAUACUUUUCUCUUGUGAAUGUUAUGCGAGUUUCACCAAUGACUUCCAAGAGUGAAUGGCCGUCAGCCUGUCGUGCGGAUUGGGAGCUAGCGUUAAUAUUGGCUCCAAGUCGCUUCACGGUUGAUGCACGAAUCAUGUUGCAAGUUGCUCCACUAUCAAUAGUGACACGAACGGUGUGAUGGCUAACAAAUACAUCGAUGUACGGUGAUUGACGCACUUGGACUAGGCAACUGGCAGGAACUGGAAAUUCUGUUACAUCAUUACUGUGAGGGUAAUCUUCCGCAGCAUCAUCAUCGAAACUUUCAUCAUCUUCCAGGAUAGAGGCUAUUUGCCUUGCCUUAGCCAUGUACUUCUGGUCCCUUUCAGGGAGAAAUCUGCAUUCGCUAAGAAAGUGGGUUGUCAGGGCGACUUGCUUGUUUACAUAAGGGAAAUGACUUCUCACACAGACGUGUAGACCCAGGUUGCCUUGUUGCUGGUACAGGUAGAUUUGAUGCAAUUUCAUCAAGCAACGAGCUCAUAGCUUGCCAAAUUUCAGGCUUUAUGGAAGCAAGAGUUCGGGAGCGGAGUUCUGUUCCAUAACGCUGUUUGAUAAUAUUUGGGAGGCCUGGGUUAAUAAGGUGAAGCCAUGUAAGAACAACAAAAUUUUCCAAAGUGGGAGAAAGUUCCUCAUCUUCUGUAAUUUGCUGAUUGUGAUGUGUGAUGUUACCACUAGAACUCAGGAGACUAUCGUCGACAAAUGCCAUAAGACGUUGAUACAGGUCCUCAGGGUGCUCGUCGGGUUGUAGCUCGAUGUUGUUAAAAUCCACAAAAUGGGCACCAGUAGCUUGAAAACCAAAAUGCAGGCGAAUAGCAUUCCAUUGAACUCAAUUGAUAUGCUAUUUUUCACAAUAGUGUUAUGAGAGAUUAUUGGACAAUAGUUCGCGAUUUGGCCCAACAUUAGCUCUAGCAUGUUAACUUUUUGUUGUGCUGCACAGGUGCCAAGCAGAAUUAUGUGAGCAAGAAUAAUUGGCUGAUCCAUCAAAUUUUUGCGUCUUUACCAACAGUUCGUUCUCAUCCAGAUUUGUUAACGAGUCCUAUGUUGCAAGUCCAAGUCAAGUCACAAGUUUAAAUCUUUAAUUGCCUCCAAAAUGAAGAGUAAAUUAUUUACAAAAGAAUUUAAACUAGGUAUUAUAAAAUUUACAAAUUGAUAAGAUUAAUGGUUAAAUUAUAAUAGGCUAAUAACUAUCUAAUCACAAACGGAUCAAAGACCGAGUUUUGGACGCAGUACGAAAUGUACAUCGUGCAUUUUAACUUAAAGUCAUCACUAAAACUGUCAUUACUUCUACUUAAAACUGAGUAGUCCCCCAAUAAGGUUCUGAUAAAACUCUGAUCAUCCAAGGAAUGUAAAUUCAUACAUGUUCUAACUGGAAGAUGAUCUUGUAUCCAAGACCACCAGCUUUCUCUAACUUCUGUCUUUCUGCAAUACAAUAAAGCAUGAUGAACAGCAUUAUUAUAAAGUCCCUGACAUGCUGAACAAAUUCCGUUUAACGUUCCAGGAUUCCCAAAUCUGUCCUUAUUUACAGUCAAGGAGCCACACAGAAGUCGAAGAAUAUCUGUUAUCUGCUUUGAUUGUCCGUACUUCCACAGAUCAUACCAGAUGCUCAAAUAUAUACAAGGUUGACUCCAGAGAUAGAAUUCAAGUUCUUUUUUCCUUUCAAUUUUAUCCACCCAUUCAUAAUGAUCACUUUCAUACACUGCUUUUUUGACAAUUUUCUUCCAAAUAAUUUUUGCUGGGAAUUCGUCAUUUCUUAGAAAUUCAGUAACAUAACCGAGUAAAUUUACAUCAACCAACAACUUCAUAAUAUCAGGGAUAAACCCUGACAUUGUUGAAUUGCUCUGCCUCCAUUUCCAUUUAAUAAGUUUCCGGAUAAACAACUUUCUAUAUGCCAAUGAAGAGCUAGAGUUAAUAAUUCUGCCAAAUAAAUACAGUUUUCGUUUGCCAAUUUCAGCCUUUAUGCUAUGUAAACCCAGUAGACCCCUGGCAGCCGAUCCUGAGGAACCUGGUAUCAGACACUGAGUAACUCUACAAAACACGUUCAGGACCCUUUCCAGUUCUUUGAUGUGUUGGUUUUUCAGGUACCACAGCUCGCAACCGUAUAGUAUAUGUGGAAGAGCCACAGUUUCCCACAAAUGGGCGGCUAUUUUUGGAUUCAAUCCACCAGCUUUGCAUCCGAGCUUUGAUAACUUAGAUAUUACAUCAAAACCUUUGUUCACUGUUGCACGGACAACUUCGGUAAAAUCCGGAUCAGCAUGCCAUAAUUUGCCAAGGUUUUUCCAAGUGUCGGAUUCCCUUAAAGGAGAAUCACCCAAUAACCAUGUUCUCUCUGAACCAAUGCUGGAUAUGAUUUUUUCCCCGAAUACCAUUAUUACCGUCUUGUUAAUAUUUAAUUCAAUCCGCCACUUAAUCGCAUAGUUGUGAAGACAACACAGAAGCCGAUCUAAGCCUUUUUUUCACCCUUGACAACAGGGUCAGAUCAUCAGCGAACAUUGGUGAUCCAAAAUGUUUAUUAUAUAAAAAUAAACUCCAACCGGUGUUUUCUAAUUCAUAAAUUAAGUCGUUGAUAUAUACCAAGAAAAGCCAGGGGGAAGAAUACCACCCUGACGUGUUCCUUGCCUCAGAUUAUAAAUCCUUGAAUAAGCACCAUUUAUGUGGACGAGCUCGCUCAUAUUCGAAUACCAACUUCUGAUGAUCCUCCAACAUUUACCUUUUAUUCCAGCUUUAUGAAACAGUUUAUACAGCAUCGCAUCAAUCCACAUUUUGUCGAACGCUUUUCGAAUAUCCACGAAACACGCAUACACGCAAUCUCCCUCAUCACAACAGCUUUUAAUAGAUUCAUUGAUCAUAAAAGCUGUAGUUAAUGCGUCUUGUUCUUUUUGGUAAGCUCCCCGGAGACUAUGGAUUUGUCUUGGAGGAAGCGAUUGUAUUUAUGAUAAGACUUAUGCCUCUAAUGAUCAUCAAAACCACUGUUCUUGCCAUUGUUACUCUUUGGUAUUGGUAUUUUUAUUGCAAUUUUGAAACUGGCUGGGAUCUUUUCUUCCGUAAUUAUCAUAUUAAAUAAUGACAACAUAUUACUUAGGAGAGUAGCACCACCAAUCUUAAUGUGUUCAUAACAAACUCCAUCUAAUCCAGGAGUUUUUCCAUUUGGUAGAUUUUUAACUACUUCCUUAAGCUCUUCCAUUGGGAUUGGUCUAUCUAUAUAUACUUCAUGUUCGUUGUCACACCCAGCAAUGGAUAUUACUUCUCUCUUAACAUAAUUUUCGUCAUCAAGUUCAAGAGUGUGAAGGUUUUCAAAAUAGUUGGCCCAUUUUUCAGCAAUGUCCUUUGGAUUAUCAUAAAUUUCAUUGUUAACUUCGAGAAUUGGAACGCUUUUCGUGCAUUGUUUAUGUCUAUUGAUUAACCUCCAAAACCGCUCAUAAUCUAGCUCGUGAUCUUUCACUAUUUCCUCGUAUUCUUUUGAUUCGUACUCUUUUAUACAAUAUCUCUGUUCUUUUCUAAACAAACGUUUAGCCUCUUUGUAAUCAUGGAAGGAUAUGUUGUCUCGACCUCUCGGCUUCCCUUUUCGGAUCAUAAAUUAUACUUCUUAACGACCGUUUUUUUUAGUCCAUUAAAUUUUCUAUUCCAGUAUGGCUUGAUAUGCUUCUUGUAACUAAUACAAGGUAGGGCUUUAUUAGCAAUUAUGAUACUUUUAAGAAUAGAUUGAUAAUAAUCUUCAGUGGUUAGGAGCCCUUCAUCUGACUUGUGUUUAAUGAGAUUAAGUUCUCUAUUAAGAAAACUUUGAAAAAGGUCGAUGUUUAAAUUUGUGCAUUUUUUCCAUGCAAAACGUGAUCGUUUUGGCUCAGACAUGUCCUCGUGUGAAUUCAAAGUAUCCUGCCUUCUUGGGAAGUAGAUUGUAGCUUUAACAGGUAAAUGGUGUGUCGUAGAAUGUGGGUGAAUUUCAACCACCUCCGAAUGAAAGGGAUUUUUUGAAGUUCAUCGUCAAAACAGAUGUAGUCAAUGGUUGUGUGCGCAGUAGAUGAUUCGUAAGUAUACUGUGGCCCAGUACACGUAGGUAAUAAAUUAAUAGCAGUUAGUCCCAUUUUCUCUAGGAACGUUGAGACCAACCUCCCUUGCUUAUUUUCAUUGCAUGGGUUCCUGGCUCCUGUGAUAUGGGCGUUAAAGUCUCCAAGUAUUAUCAGGUCAUUUUCCCCGCGUUCUUUCAAACACAAUGAUUCUAGGGCAUCUAGUUUGUUUUGAAAAUCAGUGGUGCUGUAAUUAGUCGAGGGUAAAUAAACACCGCAUAUAAUGGACCACCGGGCAGGCCCUGUUUUGAUUUUUAUAGCAACCAAUCUAUCGCUCAGGAAGAUUUUCUUUACCACUAGAUUUUUCCUCCAGAGUAAACCCACACCCCCCUGUCCGUGUUUCCAUCGACGCGUGUUAUCGUUUAAACGUGAGCUAGAAGCACAGUAACAAAAUUGAUCAUCAAGGGCAUCUAAAAAACUAAGCUCGUCAUUAUAAAGCCAGUGUUCUGAAAGUGCUAAUAUAUCAGUAUUUUUAAGGAGAUCUCUUGCGUAGAAGUAAUUACCGUAAAUGCCCGAACAGUUCCAGCAUGCUAUUCUUAGCUUAAUCAUCAGUGUUGUUUUUAUUUAACCAUUUUGGUUUUGAGAGCCAUUCUCUCCUAUACACAUGUUUUGGCCAAAAAUCAUUGUCAGAAGCUCUUUCAAAAUCUACUGUUUUAAUGUUUACUCGAACGGCCACAGUUCCUUUUCUUUUGCUUCUGAAUAACCGCAUGAAUGUUGGGGAAAUUCCCUUUUUUCCAUAUAAUUAGUAAUUGAUUGUUCAUUAGCCCCCUCGCGUACACCACCUAGAUAUAAAUGCUUGAUUUUAUGUUUUUGUACACCAACAAAAUCCGUUUCCUCGCAGCUUACAUUAUCCCUUUUUACUAUCAAUUCCGCUUAAAUUUGAAUUUUGAAGUUCAACCACACUACUAUCCUGAACAAUCUGCUGACUUUGAUGAUUUAAACUUUUAUUAGAGCUUGUUUUAGAAGCUAAUGAGUUGAAAUCACCCACCAAAUUUUCCGCACUGAGUGAGCAGUUGUGUCUUCCUCAAUUUUAUUUUCAAUGGUAGACUGAAUUUCUAUACCGCUUUGUUUCGCCAUAUCUGCAUACGAUUUAGGCGAUUGCUCGGUUAAGUUUAAUUGUAUAGGGGUUAAUUCCCCUGUGACUGCCGAUUCAACUGAUCUGUUGUUUGUAUUUAAUUUUCUUUUGAACUUGUCAAAAUCUUUGGACAACUUAAUUGAUUUAUCUUCGAGUUUGUCUAGACUAACUUGUUGACUUUGUAAUUGCGCUUUCUGGCCUGCAAGGUUAUCAGACACAAAUGUUUUAUUAGACUUAUAGUUACCCUUAAAAGCUGCCAAUUCAGAUUCCAGAGAAAAAACUUUCGCAUCCCUUUCACAUAGCCUUUCCUUUAGCUCAACACUUUCCUGCUUCAACGACUUGAUUUCUGCAUCUUUGUUGCCCAUAUCCUUCUUUAUUUCAGCAAUUUCAGCCUUCAGAUUUAAGACCGAUUCAUCAAAAACCUCUUUCAAAUUGUAGAAUUUUACAUCCAUUUCCUCUAAGAGAGUAUUUACUGACUGCGUAGUACGCUCAUCUAGGCUGCAAACUGUAGUCGAACUCUGAUUAUUAGCCGUCAUAUUCAGAAGCGAUUGUUCGCCAUGAAUCCCAUGAUUCGGCUGCUUUGGAAAUAUAUCGUUCAGUUCGCUCGUUAUUACGCCAGAACUACAAGAUUUUAUUAGAACAAUAAUGUCCGCCGCUAGUUUAUCUGUCGCCAUUUCGCCCUCCUAGUCUGUUUAAUCUUCUGGACGGGUUUGCUUUUCGGCAUAUUGGGAAGUUUUUGUUUACAAUACUCAAUAAUGACUGCCCUCAUAUCGGUGAGAUUUGAUGAGCUAUACUUCGAGAGUUUCAGUUUAACUUCGGUAGACGAUGUAACUGCUAUAUACCUCUCCAAUUUCUCGAUGUGUUGCGAUGUUAAAUCUAGACAAUUUCCAUUACUUGCCACUUUCAAAAACUCAUCAUAGGCAUAGCUUGUAUCUUCAACCAAAUUGUUGGAGCUCGAGUUAUUACUUGCCCAAUUGCAAUUCCUUCCGGCACUUUCGCCAAUAUCCCGGUCUUGACACGAUGUAUUUAACUCAGAUAAGCUAGUUUCCAUCGUAGAAUCACUUUCUUGGUUUAAUUGCACCACGCGAGAUAAAGAUUCAGCCAAAAUACGGCUGUUAUUUCUCGUAUUUGCGGAGCCUUGUAGGCCACAACUAUCCGCCAUUUUGUCUAAAUCCAAGUCAAGUCACAAGUCAUUCAGAGUGGCAAGUCAAUUCAAGUCAAGUCACAAGUCAUUUUAUUGCCACAUGUGGCCAUGUUUUCCCACGCAAAACGGCAAAAUAUGUAAAUAUGGCAUCGUUAUUUUAUGUCAGAAAUUUUACCACGAAAUCGCGAAAAAACCCCCCGCUUUGUUAGAAAAUACACCGGCACAAAUUCUGUCGAUGCCAUUGAUAUGUACUAAGGUCGUUGUCCAAAUUGUACAACACGACGAUCGAUCGAUCAACACAAAGAUUUUGGAAAACUUGAUUUUCACUAGAUAUUUACGUUUGACUUGCAUUGGUAACAAGUCAUUUCUUGCAAGUCCAAGUCAAGUCACAAGUCACAAAAAUUGCGACUCGAGUCCGACUCGAGUCCAAGUCACACGACUCGAGUCUACAACUCUGUUCUCAUCUGUACCAGAUUCAUCAGAUUCAUGUUCAGGUUAGCUGCACGCUGCUCACCAUUUUGUUUUUAUAUUGUGGAUGAGGUGGAUGAAUGGAUCUAACUACUUGUUUCCUUAGUUUAUCCAAUCCUAUCCCUUACAGUGAUUGAGGCAUUGGGGAUUUGAGUGGAUAAAUGCAUCUUACCCAUGGGCCAUGAUGAAACUCAUAAAGCUGGUAAAUUCAAAAUUUUAGACAAAUUUUGAGUCAUUUUGAAGGAAGACAUACUAAGUAAACAAAAUUUUUAAAAACCUGCAGGAAAAGUCCAUUGAUAAAUAACAAUCAGGUGCAAGUGAUUGUAAAUCGGGUAAUCUGGAGGUUUGUUUAAAAAUUGGGUGACACCUGAUAAAACUGGGUGAGUUGGCAGGUCUGCUGACAGUAUAUUUGUAUGGAUAGAGAAAAGCACAAAUAUAUUAUUGAAAUGAAUGUUGUGGCCUAAGGGAAUUAAUGCCAGAAAUGUAAAAAAAAAUGUAUUGGUCCUUGCAAAUUUACGAGCUGUGAGGCCUUUUGAACAGGGAGAUCCUUCGAAUAAUUUUUGGCAUAUAUGAUCCAACAACAAGGGCAGAUUUCGUUUCAAGCCAAUCAGUGCGUUUGUUGACAUUUUUGCUCUUGGCCAAUCAGAAAGCUUACAUUUAAAAAGCUUACAUUUACACAAAGGGCUUUCUUUCUUGCAUUCAGGUAAAUCACAUUUGCUAUGACGUAAAUAAAGCUUAAUUAAAGACAAAGUACUAAGUUACUUGUGACCUAUUUAGACUGUCUAUCUGUCCGAAUUGUUUUUUAGAUCUUUGUUUCAAUGUUUGUUUCUAGGUCCCUUUUCUUUAAUUUUGUAUGGAAUUAAUGAAAUUUUCUAUAAAUCCUGGGAACAAUAUAAUUAGAAUAAUUUGAGUACAUUUUCAAGCAUUCUUUUAUUUUGUGACAAGUACUAUAUUUGUGUGUUAUUUCAGUUAUUUUUCUCUUGAAUGUGGAAAAUGGUUAAAUAAAAAGGAUAAGUAAUGUUAGUUUUGUAUGUUUCAGUUUAACCAUUAAACCACAAUAAAAUGCACUGCUGUCAGGCAAUUUUACUCAACAUCUAGGUGAAAGUCUUGUGGUUUAAUGGGUUAAUGAAACAAUCUUCCAAUAUGUAUUGUUAUCCAAUAAAAUUUAUUAUUUUACUAUGUCUAACACCAAAUGAUCCUACUCAUCAAGUGGAUCUAGUGUUACACUUUAAUUUUGUUUGACAGCUAGCAUUCACAAACAGAACACUGUGAUCAUGUUGCCCCCCCCCCCCAUCAUAAUCCAUAUAUUGAUAUUUUUCCAUUUACCUGUUUGGAUUUGGUGCUUGUUGAACAGAAGUAAAGCCAAGUAGCAAGACUCGAUUGUUCACAAUUUUUUCUCCAAAUAGAAUCGGUAGUUUCCAUUUGGUCAGGUAUUUGGGUUGCCAUGUUAGGGUGGUCAUUUAGGGAUUCAAACUUGCUUGCGAGAAAUUUUGCAGCCUUUGCCUUCAACUUAUUAAUUCUCUUUGAGCUAUAGUUGGCACAAAGACAGACUCAAAAGAAUGCAGUUCAUGGCUUGCAUGCGUCAAUGUCUUUUGCUUUGAAAGUAAUCUGGUCAGCUGAAUCUGUUUCUUUUGUUCUUGCCCUUAGGACCGAGUGGAAAUUUUCGACGGGAUAUUCAUCGAAUGCCACAAUAUACUCUUGCACAAUUUCAAACAUAGAGUGGGUAUUUUCUUGCCAGUGUUGAAACAGGGACAGGGUUACAAGCAAGGCUUUAUUGUAGUGACAUCUGCGAAACACCACAAACAUGAUCCAACAAUGCAACAAGGACUGGCAAUAAAGAUCAUAACUGUUACACUUGGUACUCAAUAUACUUGGUACUCAAUAUCCUUGCACUUGCCAAAAACUGAGAGAAUUGUGUACCUGACAAGUGUCCAUCCUCCAUAGAUAACCUCUAGCAAUAACGAUAUGCGCGAAGCUUUGGGUUUCUUUGCCAACUUCGCUUUUUUCCCAAACAGGAAUGUGUAUAAAUCUGCAAAUAUUUCAUGAAAUAUCAGCAAAACACAUUCUCUUGCAUUUAGGGAAAUGUGCAAUGGACCAAUGAGGGGAACAAUGUUCUGAAGAGCUGCUGGUAGAGAUGGUGCAUCAGAGUAGACCAAUCUUCGAAUGAAGAAUUGCAUUGGCCAAUCACCAGCAAAUGGAGCAAUGAAGUGAUCUAGGUAUAGUUGUAGUCCACCAUAUAGCAUUUUGUUAAUUGCUGUUAGAACAUUCUCAGAUGAUUUUAGUGGCAAUUCAAUACUGUCAACAAAUUUGGUGUUAUCCAUACGUCUCAUCUCUUUUACUUCAGUUUGUUGAUAGUCGUGAACCAGCAAUCUUUGACGCUUGGACUCUGGAUUGAAAUAUUUGGCCACCACCCAGUCAGGCAUACUUUCUGCAUAUGUCUUGGAAACAUUGUGCAUGUUGUUUGUUAUGAAGAAUUUCAUGCUGGGAAUUUCAACUGGGGAUUUCCGUAGCAAGUUGAUUCUCUCUUGGGACACUGCUUUAACGUUGGGGAACACUUUCAAAAGCAAAGUGGACAUGUGUAUUGCAUUUGUUUGUGUCUUGGACUCGGGCCGAUGAAUAGUGUGGAUAUUGUGGUAGUCAUCGAUACAGAAUAUCAUGAACAGAUUGUUUUCUACUGCCGAUUCAAUAAAGUUAACAACAUGAUUUGAAUGUGCUGAUGAAGACAACUUUGCUUGGGCUUUUACGGUGUGAGGAUGGGCAGCGAUACCGACAUUUCGGAGGGACUGAAGUCCUUGUUCAGUGAUACCAAACUGUUGAAGGGUUCUCGACAAGGCUACUUGAAAUGAGUUGGAUCUUUGGGAUUGUGAAUACACCAUGAUAUAAAUAAUAACCAUUGUCCGAAGUUUACUAAGCUGUUUGCAUUCAGUGGACAUUCUGUUAGAACAUAUAGCAUUAUUUAUACAAUUAUAGAGAUUCUCAGCACCAGCAUCCCUGCAAAUGCUUUCAAAGGCAGUAGGAUUCAUUUCUGGUUGUGACAAAUGAUAAAUAUGACACCGGAUUUUAAUGAGAUCAUCACUGAAAUUAGGACAAAAUGAUGCUUUCUGGAGUAAAGAAGCAUACUCUUCUAUUGAGAGGAAAACACUGUCCAUUGUUUGGCACUCUUUCUCGGCAACAUUUGGCAACUUAGUUGGUGAAAGGUCUUGGCUAUCCAUGGUAAUUAUUUGACUUAGUGAACUCAAGGUGAUUGUUGUUGUAUCACUUUUUUGACUGUUUGGUACUUUUUCUAGGGUUUGUAGAUCUUUAGUUGGUGAACGGUGAUUAUUAAAUAAAAUCAAGAACAAAACCAGAAUAUACAGAUAUGGUAGUUGUUGCAGUUUUCUUGUUUUUAUUUAAUUCCAAUUCAAUUUAGCACACCCCCCUGGGGUCAAUAAUUUCAUAACAAAUAAUUACAUUGUCCAAAAGACUAAUAUUCUUCUGAGUUCUGAAUCAAAAGAGAAUUUUCCUCAUCCUGAUUUAUGAGAAUAAGGCAUCCAGGGAAAGCCCAUUAUGGGUGUAUUAUAUGGGAGAUGAUAACAUUGAUGCUAAAGUCUGGUCAAGGUUUUUUACCAUUGAAAUGUAGUACCAAAGUUAAACUUUAUCCUAGGGUUCCUUUGAACAGCUGACCUGUCCAGGUUUAAAAUAAUUUAUUGUCAUUAUUCCUGGCUUUUAAUUUUCCUACCUGGCUCUGCUGUAUACUUUUUUCACAUCCUCAAGAUCAUCUUUGGCAAAGAAUUUGGUUACUUUAUGCAUUCUCGUGCACGUUUUUAAGCAGGUUGCACAAAGAUGGUUUAUUUUAUGGCGAACUUUUUGCCUAAUUCUUGUUCCACGUAUUGCUGUAAAGCAUGUGCCACCUUCAACAAACCACGGGCCUUCAGAUUGACAACUUUGCCCUUGUCACUCUUUGACCAAUUUUCAUGUAAAGGAUUAUUGCAAUCCUUUUUAAAUUUUGGCAUUUUGUCGCUGUUGUAAUUUGUGUCGCUCGUUUUUUUCGAAACUCGAAAGGUAUAAAAAUAAAUUAUUUUUCACGCCGUUUCUUUUUCCCGCGGUUGCAAGAGAAAACCACUGGGGAAAACCCAUUUGAGUGUCCAUCUAGAGUAAAAUACAUCGCCCAAAAUAACUUUGAAUUAAAUCGUGUUUCUGUGCUGUUGCUUGUUUAAAUUGGUACAAAAACAGUGUAAACAGUAGUAUUUCCCAAUGAAAACUGCGUUAUUUCUCAAAGAUUGAUCGAUUUGAUAGAUAAAUAUUAUGCAGCUACAGAGCGCAAUCACGGUGGUAAUUCAAACAUCGAUAUUUCACGUUGUGUGUCAAAAUUUAAAAAGUCCGACAACAAAAUUCAAGAUAUAUGUAUUUUCUAUUAGAAUUUUCAGUUUCAGAUAAAAAAAGUUAAUUCUGUAGCUCACAGAGCCUUAGAUUACUAAAAUAUUUUCUCGCUCCUUUUGUUUAUGUUUUUAAAUGUAAAGCUUUCUGAUUGGCCGAGAGCGAAAAUGUCAACAAACGCGCUAAUUGGCUUGAAACGAAAUCUGCCCUUGUUUGAUCCAACAGAUCUAUUGAUGCAAUGAUGAUCUAACAAUACAAAAUUCGAACAGUUGAUUGCCAAACACAAGGGCAACAUUCUAAUGUAUUACCCAGUGUCAGGCGAUACUGAAUCUAGUGAAGAUGCAGAUUGACAAUGUUUUAUUGCUAUGACACUAACUGUAAGUACAGUGUGCAAAUGAGUACUAUCAGCCUUAAACAAGGAGUGUAUCACCAUAUGCAGCCCAUCAAGUCUACUUUGUUUUAUCAUAAAAACAAUUGUAAACAUUUUCACCACUGCUGCCUAUGGUACAAUUUAAAAACAAUUCCCAAAGGGUAGAACAAUUUUAACAAGAGAAUGAAUGUCUGGGAAUCCAUUAGAGCCCAUAGAAUUUUAUAUUCCCAAGAAUCUCAGUUGGUGUCUUGGAGAUACAUCCCUCAAUUUCAACAAAGAAUAGUCAGAAUAAACACAAGUUUGUACUCACUCAGAUUUGAAAGGUUUCAUUUUGGUGAGUGAAUCAGUUUAUGCAUGUUUUUCUAGUCUUGAUGCAAGUGGAUCAGUGAAAUUGAAACCUAUUCAUUUAUGUUUUGUUUCUGAUGUCGUCAUUGGCAUGCAGUCUUGUACAGUAAGCAGAGUUGGCAUAUGUACAUUGUUCCAGUUGUACACAAAAGAUAUGGUAAGGCCAAGUAAAAAAACAACUUAUGUUUCUCGUCCCUGCCUGCUUUCUUUUCCUUGGCCGCUUCCUUUUUUUUUGCUGGUUUUCCACUACAAAUUUCGCUUCAUGUUUUUGAACUUUCUUUUUGAUAACUUGAAGCUAACUUGAAGUAUUAAUGUGGAACUACUGUGGGCUCAUUCAAAAAUCCUAUCCACUGACCAAAUUCAACAGCGACGAACCACCACAAACUCACAGCAUGCGCUUGUCAUGCUUUGCCGUGCUUGGCUACAGAUUCAUUUAAACAAAAUUUAUUAUACGAGACAUUAAAAAAGUUACUUUAAAAGCCUUUUAUAAUUCACGUUUUUAAUAUUGCAUGUAUUUUCCUUACUACACUGUAUUAAAGCUUAUCAGUUUGGCUAAGAAAAAAAUGUCCCGCUUCCCUGUUUUUUGGCAGAAAUCCGGACGAAAAUUUUUUUUUUUACUUGGCCUAAUGAAUAUAACUGCAGACUGUUUGUCUUCAUUUUAUAAAAGCAGUCAUCAAUUGGCAAGCUAGGUUUUCACCAUUAUCCCUGCUGCACACAUAUGUAUGAAUUUUUCACAAAUUUCAUGCAAACCAUUUCCUGUAGCAACAGCAUCCUUGAAAUCUGUCAGCAACAUGAAUGACCAAACACCUCCAUUUCAUCUGAAAUUUUCUUGUUUCCAUCAGACAAAACAUACUUGUCAAGGAACUUAUUCAAGGUACUUACUAAUUAUGUAUCUCUUCUUAUCAGUCUCCGCUAAGAGGUGGGUAUCAUUUGGAGUUUUCGCUAUAGGUUUAUAUUUUGCAUCAAACCAUUUUAUUUGAACAUUUGGAAAAAACAAAACAUUUACCAACACUAGCAAAUAGCUGCUCACAAUCCUCAUUGUGCUUAACAUUGACUGUAACGUCCUAUGGUUCAGCUUCUCUCUGAAGAAUCGCAGCGUGCCUUUGUCUCUUCCCGAAUUAUUAUAUAGUUUUUUGAAUACUGUCUAUAAAAAUAAACAUUUAUAUCUUUAGAAAUAUCAAAUGUAUUACCACUGUUCAGUGGCAGACACAAUUGUCCAUCCCUCAAUAAUUAAAAAACCUAUGAAUGACAGCUGCAACAAUGUUUUUAACCAUGAAAGUAGUACUACUGACUAUAAAUUAAGCUAUAUCAAUAUGUUGCAUGAAUUUAAGCAAAAAACAUUUAAUUUUAAAGAACAGGAUCUACUGAUGAUUUUUUUACAUGUCAUGUUGGUAACCUAAUCCCCCCCCUCCCAAGAAAAAGUUUUUGCAAGUGUCUGCCACUACAGCAGUGCAUUUGGCUAAGUUACAUCACACAUACUUUUUAUUACCGGACAGUAUCUUUGUAUGGAUAGACAAAAGCAAAAUAUAUUAUUGAAAUGAAUGUUGUGGCCUGCACCACCUUCCCAAUUAACUAUAGCUGCCUGUUUCGUUAUGUGAAAUAACAAGGGAAUUAAUGCCAGAAACGUAAAACAGAAAUAUGUAUUGCUUUUCAAAACACCAUCUUGGCUAAACAACCAAUGUAAACAUAAAUACGCCUGUGAUAUGUAAAAUGCAAUGUACUUCAAGUAAUAUUAUGAUGUCCAAUCGUAACACAUCCUCCCUCCUUUGAAAAAACAGUAAAAAACAGUGUAGAAAACAAAGUAUCUGAACUAAACUACCAUUAAUAAAUGAAUGUAAAGGUAUUAAUCAAUUGUGGAAAAAUUUCAUCCUUUAGUGUAGUAUAUAGUCUUGAAACCUUGUAGGUCUCGUUAUAGUUCUUCGUCUUCUGGUUAUGUUCACUUCUGGUACUACUGGAACCUGAUCAGAUGCGAGCGUUGGAGAUUCGGAAGGCGGUCCAGUUGUUGGACAUUGUACCUUGUGUGGUUCCCCCUGUUUGGAUGGUGAGUGGAGGGUGGCUUUCUCUUGCUUUUCGUCUUCAUGUGCAACCCAAGGUUCAUCCAUAGGGUAAUAUUUGUGUUCGAGUCUUCGUAAAUAUUUUCUGUUUUGGAUAUAAGUAGAACCCUCUGCAGCCACUUUGUAGGAAUGGAUGCAAACUUUCUUUAGUACUUUCCUUUAUCGUCUUCAUGUAGAGGUUCCAGUUUUCUUUGUUCCUCUGUUGUAGUACUUUUGUUGCCGUUUCUGUUGCUUCUGAAUGUCACUUUGAACAUCCGCAGUUAUGCUAGGUUUUAGCAGAUUCAUUGUUGAGGGCAAAGAUGUGUUUAUUGUCAUGUUCAUCAAUCUUUGAACCGGACUUGAUGCCAUCCCCUCCUGUGGGGUGUUGCGGAUAUUGAGGAGUACCAAGUAGAAGUCGCUGUUGGUUAUCUGAGCCAUUCUUACGGCCUUCUUUGCUUGUUUGACGGCCGCCUCCACCUUACCAUUUGAUUGGUGGUGAUAUGGACUCGUAAAGAUGUGACAAAAUCCAUAUCUCUUAGUGAAGGACUGAAAUUUGUGCGAGAUGAACUGUGGGUCGUUAUCUGACACAAGUUCAUCCGGUAUGCCAUAAAUUGCUAUAUGGCUGUUUAAUUUGUUGAUGAUGACGGUGGAAAUUGUGCUGUACACUCAAUCUAUGUUGAAACAAUUAAAGUAAUAGUCUACCGUGACUAGGUAAAAUAUGUAUUCAGAAAUUUUACACUCAUUUUUUGUUUUUUUAGCCUCCAAGUAAGGAUUUGUUUCAGGUACAGUAUAGAUUCAUUUAAAUACAGACAAGCCUCCAAGUAAGGAUUUGUUUCAGAAACAGUAUAGAUUCAUUAGGUGGUAGUCAGCCCUAAAUUUAGAUCGACAGUUUAAAUUUUUUUCAACAUUUUUUUUUGCUUUACUGACUUCAUUAUUUAUUGUAUUUUCGCCCCCUGAACUUUUUUUUCUGGUAUUUGAAAGAGUUUCUUCAAAAUAUCCAUUUUUAUGGAAGGAUGUCAUAAAAUUGUGCAUAGCAACCAUUUAGGAUGACUUGUUUACUUUGGUUGCCAUGGACUUUCUACCCCUGAGAUGUAUGAUAUUUUCGCGACAACCCCUUUGCCAUUUCCCCCUUUAUGCCUGCACUAAAAUAUCGCCUGAUUGCAGGUUGAAACAUCGAUCAGGCCCUUGUGUUUACAUCACACAUGAAUUUACAUUUUUGAGUAGCUAUACUUGGUAUACAAUAUCUCGCAAUCCAGCUGUUUACAAAGCGUUUUUAAGUUAUUUUUUAACGAGGAAAUGGUGAGAGAGGAUAAAAGGAAGAAAGGAUCAGUAAAGCAUGGAAAAAGAAGGGGUUUUUCUGGCAAAAGACGGCAGGAGAUAGCCGACGAAUUUACAAAUGACGCCAAUCCUCGGGACGCCAAUCCUCAGAGUUUACCCGGUGUUAGCGAGGUUUUACCAACGAAUACAACUGCUGAUCGCGAAAGUGUCUCGACUAAGAAGCUUCUAAACAGUUCUUUUGAGAAAUUCGAAAGCAGCCGAGGAAUUUUGACUCGUGAACAAGCAAGAAAAGUUGGUUUAGGAUCGGCACGUGAUGUUGAAAUUGCAACCGGAUUUAAAAUACAAGAUGCCACUCUCUUGAGCGAUUGCAUUUCGGCCGCAGCAGUAUGUAGUUCCUGUCGUAAAGCAACAUCAAAACUUAAACUUUAUCAACGAAACAGCGAUAGAGAAGGUUUGUCAGAAUCAUUAUUCCUGCAAUGUUCGUCUUGUGAGGUGGUGACUCCAUUACCAACAAGCAAUCGACUAGGUGGCAAAGGUGGUGGGUCUCAUGAAGUCAACCGUCGAGCAGCUUUGGCUUCCCAUCAAUUUGGCCAUGCUGGAUUGACACAGUUCUGUGCUGGUAUGAACUUACCUCCCCCAGUUGGUAAAGAUUCAUACAAUAAGCAUCUAAUUAAAAUUGAGAAGGCUGCCAAAACCAGUGCCGAAGAAGUAAUGAAAGAUGCUGCCAAAAGAUUAUUCGAAAAGGUUAUGUCAGAAUGUCCGGAUGAUAUUGAGGAGGACGGCGAAGAUUUGAUUGCUCAUGUUUCUGUGACAGUUGACGGUACCUGGCAGAAAAGAGGUCACUCAUCAAAAAUCGGAGUGAUCUUUGUUAUCCCAGUUGCAACUGGGGAAAUCCUAGAUUAUGAAGUAAAAUCACUCUUCUGCCAUGAAUGUAAAGCUCAUAACAACCAAGAUCAUGAAGGCGAAGAGUUCCAAGAGUGGAAGAAGGCUCAUGAACCAAAAUGUGAAGUGAACCAUGUAGGAUCGUCUGAAGAGAUGGAAGCUGUGUCUGCUGUUGACAUAUUUAGCCGAAGUAUUGCAACAAGAAAAUUAAAGUAUACAACCUUUGUUGGUGACGGAGACAGCAGUAGUUUUGGCCGGGUAAAGGAGGCACUGGAUAAAAAGUUUGGUGCUGCUUAUGAAAUUAAGAAAGAGGAAUGUGUGGGGCAUGUUCAGAAGAGGCUUGGAAGUGGUUUGAGAAGGUAUAAGAAUGACAUGAAGGGAAAGAAACUUUUGGACGGUAAAUCGGUUGGAGGAAAAGGACGGUUGACAGACAAGGUGAUUGAUAAAAUGCAAAAUUAUUAUGGCAAGGCAAUUCGGGGAAACAAAGGAAAUCUGGAAGGGAUGAGGAGCAGCAUUAAAGCCAUUCAGCACCACAUGAUAAAGAAUGAUGAACUAACACUAGAACAACAACACCAAUACUGUCCCAAAUCAUCUGAUACAUGGUGCAAAUACUGGAAGGACAAAGCCGACGGAACUAAGUUGUACAAUGAAGAUAACCGGUUACCUGAGGUUUUUAUGAAACAAUUGGACCCACUUUUCACAAGGCUAUCUAAUGAUGACCUCUUGAGGAGGUGUUUGAAAGGGAUGACCCAGAACCAGAACGAGGCAGCUAAUGGUGUGUUAUGGUCCAAGUGUCCGAAAACCAAGUUCUGUGGUGCAAGGCGCGUACGUAUUGCAGUAUGUGAGACAGUUGCUGUGUUCAACACUGGUGCUGCAAGCAAAGCUGUGAUAAUGAACUUGUGUGGUGUCACCCCUGGAGUCCAUACAAUGAGAGCUCUUAGAAAGCAGGAUGACACCAGACUGAAGACUGCAGCUAAAAAGGUAAGUAUGAAGUACCGAGAGAAAAGACAGAAACUCAGGGCGCAGCGAAAGUCAAAAGGUGACAAGAUGGCAUACCAACCUGGUGGCUUUGGACUAAGUGCCAAGCCUGUUGACACUGGAAAGAAAAGAAAAAGAACACCAAAACAGACAAAAACCAAUGAC